AUGGAAAAUAAAUUAUUAAUUGCAGGAUUGGGUGCAGGUAUUGGUGCAGCAGUAACAUAUUUAACAUCAUCAUUAAAAAAGAAUAAAAGAUCACAAGAUGAGUUUGAAAAUAGCCCAUCAUCACAACACAAUACUAAACAAAUUAGAAUGGAUACAGACGACGAUUUUAUUAAAAAAGAAGAUAACAAUUUAAGUGCAGGAAAUUUAUUACACAACGAUCUUUUAAGAGAAGAGAUUUUCAACGAACAAAUGGAUAGAACCAAACUUUACUAUGGCGACGAAGCAUACGAAAAGAUUAGAAAUUCAUUUGUGGUUGUAGUUGGUUUAGGUGGUGUUGGUGGUGCAGCAGCCCACGUACUUUGCAGAAGUGGUAUUAAAAAGAUGCGUCUUAUUGACCCAGAUCUUGUAACAUUAAGCUCAUUAAAUAGAAAUGCAUUAGCACAAAGAAAAGAUGUUGGUAGAUCAAAAGUCGAAACUAUGAAGUCCUAUUUCUACGAUAUUUGCCCAGAAGUUGAAGUCGAAGCUGUUCAAACUUUUUUCACAGGUGAUUUAGCAGAAAAACUUUUAGCAGGAAACCCAGAUUACGUUUUAGAUUGUAUAGAUAACACUCAAACCAAAGUAGAGUUAUUAACUUUUUGCCACAGAAACAAUAUUAAAGUUAUCAGUAGUUUCGGUGCAGGCUCUGCCCGUGACCCAACUAAAAUUUUUAUCUCUGAUAUCAGUUACACUUAUGGUUGUCCAUUCGGUAGAGAAAUUCGUCGUCUUUUAAAAGUCAACGGUAUUAACAGCGGUAUUAAUUGUUGCUACACUACAGAAAUUCAAAGAAAGAAACUUACACCAUUAACUGAAGAAGAACGUCAACUUUUAUUAGAGCAAGCAGUUAGACCAACUCUUCGUGUACGUACAUUGGGUGUUGCAAUGCCAAUUCCAUUCAUCUUUGGUACAUCAAUUGGUUGUCAAGUUUUAAAUGAUUUUGCUGGUGUCGACACAGUAACCAAUGGUGAAGAAAAGUGUAUGCCUCCACCAUUAACUGAAUACUCAUCACAACUUAAACUCUUAAUUAAAAAAGAAUGUAAAUUAUAUAAUACCCCACCAACUUUCCUCAGAAAAUUCAUUUCACCAUUGGAUGUUCGUUAUUUAAUCGAUGAAAUUUUCGAAUCAAAGAGUGCAAUCUCUCAAAAACACGCCCCAGUUAUGCUUUUAUUACGUUGGAGAUCUGAUAAACCUGCUGCACCAAACAACUUGGUUUACCUCAGUCAAAAAGAAGGUGAUAUUCACGAAACUGUUAAAAAUGUUAAUGAACAUUAUCCAAAAGAAGUUGUCGAAAGAAUUGACAAAUUAUUAUCAACUGUUGUUAUGGAACCACUCCACGUCGAAUUAGCCAAUUCAAUUUUAUAA